AUGGUCGGUAUAGCUUUACUUGGAGCCGGUAUCUUUGCGAGAGAGCAGCACUUGCCGGCUAUUGAGGCCAUUGGACACCUCGGUCUUAAAGCUGUCUACUCACGAUCGAAGCAAGCUGCAAUAUCGCUUGCGAAGAAAGCCCGGGACAGUGUUGACAUCUACUUUGAUAGCCCUCCCAUAAGUGGGAAGUCACUCGACGAUCUCCUCGCAAGGUCUGACAUAGCUGCAGUGUCAGCAUGUGCUACCAUUCUAGUCCAGCCCCAACUUAUCCGGAAAGCUCUGAUAGCCGGAAAGCAUGUGUUGAGUGAGAAGCCGAUAGCACAGGAUACUGAAACUGCUAUGGACCUUGUUCAAUGGUACAAUGCUCAGUCCAAACCUCCGAUAUGGGCCGUUGCUGAAAACUUCCGGUUCAAUGAGAGUUUGAAGUAUGCUGAAAUGAAAACCCGAGAGAUGGGGGGUGAACUUAUAUCUUUCCGCCUGAGCUACUAUGCAUUGAUUGAAAAGGAAAAUAAAUACUUCAAGACGGAGUGGCGCAAGGCUCCGGGAUUCCAAGGUGGUUUCCUUCUCGAUAGCGGAAUUCACUUCAUUGCCAGCCUUCGGCUUCUUCUCAAUGCCAUUGGGGAAGAAGCUAAGGAGGUAAUGGCCUUGUCCAGUCUACUGAAGGAGCAUCUUCAUCCUAUUGACACUAUUCACGCUGUCGUAUCCACUACUGGUUCUAGACACGGAACAGUUUGCAUCUCUUUUGGGGCAGAACAUAAAUCCACGCUGGAGAUCGAGAUUAUCAGUACUCGUGGCGUUGUUGUUUGGACACCUGUUAGUGUCGCCUCAAUCAUCAAACCAGAUUCUGGGGAGUCAACGAACGAGACCAAAGAAUUCAUCUAUAACAACGGUGUCAAGGCCGAAUUUGAGGCAUUUUGUCAGGCCAUGUUGCAGAAUUUUCCAGACUCGCGUCAGAGUCCUUCAGAAGCCCUCGAUGAUCUUGCUCUUCUGCAGGGUCUGUUGGAGUCUGCAAAAUGCAAUGGCUUGAUGAAGCUUGUUAAGUUUAAGUGA